UGACGAGACCCCCUCGUCCGCGCGUCUUCGCUGCCCCACGCCGUGGCCCAGAGCCGCGGAACCACGAGCUGAGGCCCUGCCCUUCCAGUUCUGUCUUCGUAGUUCUCUGUCUUUACACCCAAACUGCAGAAAUGAACAAAAUGAGCAAAUCCCAGGGCUCGGUUUCGUUCACGGACGUCACUGUGGACUUCAGCCAGGAGGAGUGGGAGCGCCUGGACCCCUCGCAGAGGAUCCUCUAUAUGGAUGUGAUGUUGGAGAACUACAGCAACUUGCUGUCCGUGGAAGUGUGGAAGGCCGAUGAGCAGAUGGAGGGGGACCCCAAAACCCCAGACGAGCAGGCAAGGCAGUUUCUAAUCCUCAAGAACCAAACCCCAGUCGAAGAAAGGGGUUAUCUCUUUGCAAAAACAUUUCAUCUGAACACUGACAGUGUGUCUUUGAGCCAAGUGCCCUAUAAAUACAGUGGAUAUGAAAAGGCUGCGCCGUGCCGCUCGGACCUGCUUCGGGACCGGAGCUACGCGGGCAAGGACGAUGAGUGCAGCGGUUUUGGAAAAUCGCUCCUCCGUCUGAAGCAAGAGAAACCCCAGUCUGCGGCAGAAUACGCAGAAUAUAAUAAAAGCACCAAAGCCCUCAGCCCUAAGGAAGUGAUUUUUAAGCAUCAGAAAAUGAAGAACUUGGUUCAGCCUUUCGUUUGCAAUUACUGUGACAAGACCUUCUCGUUUAAGUCGCUCCUCGUUAGUCAUAAGAGAAUCCACACUGGGGAGAAGCCGUAUGAGUGCAACGUGUGCCAGAAGACCUUCUCCCACAAGGCGAACCUCAUCAAGCACCAGAGAAUCCACACCGGGGAGAAGCCCUUCGAGUGCCCCGAGUGUGGCAAGGCGUUCACCCACCAGUCCAACCUCAUCGUGCACCAGAGGGCGCACAUGGAGAAGAAGCCCUACGGGUGCGGAGAGUGCGGCAAGACCUUCGCCCAGAAGUUCGAGCUCACCACACACCAGAGGAUUCACACCGGCGAGCGGCCCUACGAGUGCAGCGAGUGUGCGAAGACCUUCUUCAAGAAGUCCAACCUCAUUAUCCACCAGAAGAUUCACACGGGGGAGAAGCGCUACGAGUGCAGCGAGUGCGGCAAGUCCUUCAUCCAGAACUCGCAGCUCAUCAUCCACACGCGGACUCACACCGGGGAGAAGCCCUACGAGUGCACCGAGUGCGGCAAGACCUUCAGCCAGAGGUCCACCCUGCGGCUGCACGUGCGCAUCCACACCGGGGAGAAGCCCUACGAGUGCGCCGACUGCGGCAAGGCCUUCAGCAGGAAGUCCCGCCUCAGUGUCCACCAGAGGCUGCACGCAGGGGACAGACCCUGAUGCUGCAGUGGCUCUUCCGGGGGAGGGGCUGGAGGGUCAUGGGAGCGAUGCUGGCCGGCAGUCUCCAUCGAAAAGAUGGGAAGAUAGGACCCCGGGAGAACACAGCCUCUUGGGAAGCGAGGAGUGCACGCCACUGCACAUCAUGCGUACAGCUGCGGAAUUUUCUCU